AUGUCUCAAAGCAAAAUAUCAUAGAGAAUAGAUCCUUAUGAUGAAAUCUCUUAAUUUCUUUUCGAAAACUAAGACAAAAAACUUUAAAUAAUAAUUGUUAUCGGAUCUCCUGGAGCGGGAAAAUCUCUAUUUUCAAGCUAUUUAGUUAGUGAAUAAUAAGAAAACCCUAGAAGUAUGUUUCCUCCAUCUCAAUCUAGCCAAAUAGAGUUUUUUGGAAUAAAAUUCUAUCUAUGUAAAGCAAAAUUUUAACUGUUAUUGGAGUUUGAAGGAAUAGACUACUCUUAAGAUAGCGAAUAGAUGAAUUCUAUUUAAAAUUGUUUAAAAGAUAUUGCAGAUACUUCUACCUUCAUAUUUUAUAUCCACAAAAACUGUAGAAAUAAUAAAGGUUUUGAAUAAAUUCUCAACUUAAUAAAUGCGCACGGAUAAAAAAAAUAUCAUUUGGUUGAAAUACUCAACCAAUGGAAUGGAGACUCUAUUCAAUCUUACAGAUAGUCACCAUAGUAUAAAGAUGUUUUUUUAGAUGAAUAUUAUCUUAAAUCCCUCAACUAUAAAAAUAAUACUAUUUAAAAAGAUGAUAACUUAAAUUAAUUUUUAGGUAAAAUGAAAGAAAUACACGAAUUAAUUAAGAAUUGUGAACUUCAAAAUUAAAUAUAAUGUGAUCAAGUUAAUCCAAAAAUAUUUUAAAAAUUUAGAGAAAAUUAAGUUGAAUUUUUGAAUAUGGAAUAAUUUGCUUAAAUAAGCAAACCUCAAACAGGUUAUUAUUUCGAAAUUAAGAAAAUAAUAUAAAAAGUUUUACCUUCAUUUUCGUUUUGUUUAUCUAUUAUUAUAUCUAUUAUAUAGAUAAGUAAUGAAUGA